GCUACCGGACCAACAACAAGUGACAGUUUCGUGUAAAAGAAAGAAGGAAAAUAAACAGUUUGUUGUUUUGUCCAUUAGAUAUAAUUAACAUUUUAGCGUUCUAAUGUUAUAAUUGAUCUCUUUUGAUCUGUGAUAUUAUUCGAUUAAAUAAAAUUCCGCUGCUAGAGUGACAUGGCGAUUGUGAGCAAUGAUGUUAAACAAUGCAGCUUUUGCUCUGAUAUGUGCAAUGAGGAAUUUCAUCACGUGCUGGUCCCUUCUCUCCAUCAUGAGCAAAAGUUGGAAUCCAUCCUUCAAAAAUUAAACAGUUCCACUUCCGAGUUAAGUUCAUAUCCUACGUGCGACAAAUGCCGACAAGAGUUCAUAAACAACCACAACAUUAGCGAGAGUUGCUUUCAAAUUUUACGCAGUGCCGAACCGAAUGGCAUCAAGACGGAGCCAGAGUUAAUGAUUGAUGAUCACGAACUGUCGAAUAGCGAUAGCAUUUUGGGUGCAGACCCAAUGAAACAGGAAGCCGAAAUGCCAAUCGUUGGAAAAAAUGGAGAGGUAUUCUUCAUAAGCGAAAUGGAUGGAGAAGGCGACAAUAUAUCACUGAUUUCAGUUGCUAAAACGGAUACACAAGAAAGAAAAACAGAAACGUUAGAAUGUGAAAAAUGUGAAAAAACAUUCCGCUCAAAACACGGUCUGACAAUGCACCUUCGAACUCAUACGGGUCAACCUCGUUAUUCUUGUCCACAUUGUCUAAAAGCGUUCAAGAAUUCUUAUUUGCUUCAAAACCAUAUUCGAGUUCAUACAGAUGAACGUCCUUAUUCUUGUCCACAUUGUCCGAAAGCGUUCAGGACUUCUUGUGCGCUUAAAAAUCACAUUCGAGUCCAUACAGGUGAACGUCCUUAUUCUUGUCCACAUUGUCCAAAAACGUUUAAGAUUCGUCCAACGCUCCAACAACACAUUCGAGUUCAUACAGACGAACGUCCCUAUUCUUGUCGAUAUUGUCCGAAAGGGUUUAAAAGUUCUGCAGAGCACCAAAGACACAUUCGAACUCAUACAGACGAGCGUCCCUAUUCUUGUCCACAGUGCCCGAAGGCGUUUUCUCAAGGUUCAACGCUCAAACAACACAUUCGAGUUCAUACGGGUGAACGGACAUUUUCUUGUCCAUAUUGUCCGAAGGCGUUUGUGCUUGCUGCAACACUCAAGUACCACAUUCGAGUUCAUACGGAUGAACGUCCCUAUUCAUGCCCACAUUGUCCGAAAGCUUUUAAGGACGGUACAACUCUCAAAUGGCACAUUCGAACUCAUACGGGUGAACGUCCCUAUCCGUGUCCGCAUUGCCACAAAGCAUUCACGAUACCUACAAGCCUUACCAAACACCUGAAGAUACAUGGUAACGAUGAAGGCGACUCGGGGCAGGAACCACUGGUGACCGUAAAGGAAGAGAUGACUGAAUGCUGAUGAAUCCAUCUGUCGUCGAAUGCGAUUGUAAAAUGAAGUCCAAAAGUAUGCAGAAGGCACUGUUGUCUAGUGAUUUAAUUCCCUUGUCCAUGGAGACAUCGUCCGCUGCGAAUUAUUAUAGAUCACAGAAUCUUGAUUUUCGAUUCACCUUCCACAA